CACUAUUUGUAGUUUUGGUUGAUCAACGCUUGAACAGUUCAACAUGCGAGGAGGUGGUCGAGGUCGCGGUCGAGGCAGGGGCCGAGGUGGGCGCGGAGGUGGAGGUAGGGGGCGUCGCAGCACGUCACAAUGUGAUUCCACGCCAGGCUGCCCCCAUGACACGGAGUCAUCAUCCGAAUCGUCGGACGACUGCAGCAGCUCCUCGUCGGAGCCUUCUCCACGACAACGCCCCCCCGUGGGGACGAGCCGCAGUGGCCGGCCGCUUCGCACAGUGAGCAAUCCGGGGUUUAGUCACGACGCAUCCGAAGAACGCAUGCUUCGCCUUGCCAUGGAGCGCAGUGCGAAGGAAGUGGGGUACGAGGAGGUAGCCCCUGUCGCCCCUGCCCGCGUGUUCUACCCGACGAUGGAGGAGUUCGCCAACCCCGUGGCAUACAUCAAUCAUGUCGCCAAGGAAGGAGCGCGGUAUGGCAUCGCGAAGAUCGUGCCGCCGAAGGGCUGGGCGCCGCCGCACAUGAUCAACUACGACAACGACACACACAUGUUUGAGACAAAGCUGCAGAAGGUACAUCGCUUACAAGAGGGUAAGUCGUACAAGGACGGCAAGGAUCACACGCUCCAGUCGUAUCGCAAGGCGGCGCGUGCGUUCAAGGCGGCGUGGUUUGCGCGCAAGGACAUCGAUCCGGCGACUUGGACCGACCGCGAUUUUGAAAAGGAGUACUGGAAGAUCGUCGAAACGUCAUACGAGUCGUUGGAGGUGGAAUACGCUAACGACCUGGACGUUUCUGUCGUCGGGAGCGGCUUCCCCCGCGUGGCCCGCGAUGUUCGCCACGAUGCCCGACACGAACAUGUGGACUUUGCCAGUCGCGCGUACUACGACCACACCGCGUGGAACUUGAACAACCUUCCGUCGGCGCACGGGUCGCUGCUUCGGCACAUCGACGCCCAGAUCAACGGUGUGAACGUGCCAUGGGUGUACUUUGGCAUGUUGUUUGCCAGUUUUUGCUGGCACUUUGAAGACAACUACCUGUACAGCAUCAACUACAUGCACACGGGGGCCAAGAAGCACUGGUACGGCAUCCCCGCGACCAGCUGCGACACGUUUGAACGGGUGUGGAAGUCCCUUGUCCCACAUCGCUUUGACAAGAAACCCGACUUGUUCUUUCACUUGGUGACGAUGGUGUCGCCCACUGUCAUCCGCCAGCACAACAUUGACGUCUACUCGUUGGUCCAAGAACCAGGCGACAUUGUCUUGACGUUCCCUCAAGGCUAUCAUUGCGGAUUCAGCCAAGGGUUUAACUGCAACGAAGCCGUUAACUUUUGCCUCCCCGACUGGCUUCCGUUUGGGCGGCUGUGCAGCGAACGCUACCGGGACUUUGGCCGCCUUUCAGUAUUUUCCCACGAUCGGUUCAUGUACGUCCUUGCCAUGCGGGGGCUGUUCCCAGAUGACCACAAACCCGGCGAGUCGACGGACGAGGGCGCGUUGGUGCACGCCAGUCGCAUGCUCCUGGACGAGAUGAACCGCAUCGUCGACGAAGAGAUCCGUCUGCGCGACCAACUUGUCCAAUCUGGCAUUGUCAUGGUGGUGGCCAUGGCGAAGCGGGACGAUGCGCUGACCGACGACGAAAUGGGGUACGACGACAGGCGGCAGUGCGUCGCAUGCAAGCAUAGUCUGUUCUUCUCGGGUAUUGCGUGCAGUUGCUCACACACGAAGGUCGCGUGUCUGCGCCACGCGCACAAGUUGUGCAAGUGCGAUCCGUCCAAGAAGGUGUUUUUGCAGUGGUUUACCAUCCCCGAGAUGUUUGUGGCCAUGGCGACGUUGGACGACCGACUGGUGGCGCUGGAAAAGCGGGCGCGGGAACCUCAAGUGCACAGUCCGCGGGCGGCCAAGCGGAUGAAGGGCGAGCACGACAACGAACCCGUGUCGUGCAGAACGAUGCUGGAGCGUAACCAGGCAUCGAUGGCCGGCAAUUUUUCGUUGAGUCGGAUAUUGGGCUAGCGACAGGACCAGCUAGCAACUUGCGACUUACUAUAUAGAACGUACAGUAAUGGUGGUGAACGAAUGUAUUUUAUUUUCGAU